AUGAAACUUGAUAGAAUAUUAAUAAUUUUAAUCUUCAAUGCGAUAUUUUUGAGUUUAAUUAAUUCUGUUAAAAAUAAUAAAGAUAAAAAUGAGUUAAGUAGAGUUGGGGAAACCCCAAAGGAUAACGAUGGGGCUGAAUCAUCGGUUAAUCCUCAAAUUCAAAUGUUAAAACGAAAAGCUAAAAUUACAAAAAAGGCCACAACAAAUGAUAAAAAAGAAGAAAAAAGGUUGAACAGAAAUGAAUAUAUGAGAAUUUAUCGUAAAAACAAUAAGGAAAAAAAUCGAGAAUUUGUCCGAAAGUAUCAUCAAAAUAAUAAGGAAAAGAGGAGAGAAUAUGAGCGAAAAUACCGAGAAAAUAAUUUAGAAAAGAAGCGGGAAUAUGAACGGAAAUACUAUCAAAAUAAUAAAGAAAGGAAGAAAGAAUCUGCUCGAAAAUACAAAGAAAAAAUGAAAAAUAGAAAAGAAAACUUGCAAGGUCCAAAAAUACUUGUUAAUCCUGAUAAUAAUGGAGAAGGAACUUCUAAUCCACAGAAUGAUAACUUUAGAAAUAAAGGUAAAUUGCCAAUAGUUUACGAAGAUAGCAUUCAAUCUAAAGAAGGAAAUCUUAUCAAUCGAGAGGAGGAAGAAACAGAAACUUAUGUGGAUGCCCAAAAUCAUUCGGUGAUCGAAGAGCCAAAUAAUAUUCCCGAGAAUUGUGUGAAACAGAUAAAUUUAAAUGAGUAUCCUUUUGAUCUGAACGAGAAACCUGAGGUCGAAGAUGAAGAUGUUUAUUAA